UAAGGUAUUUUAAUGCUAUAACCUCAGACAAUCUGCUAUAACCUUUUAUGAGGUUUCCUUGAGAAAAAAAUGAGCACAGCAUCUAGUUUUGACAAGUAUUUGUGUUCUUACAAAUCUGGAGAUAAGAUCUUUAGAGAACUUCUUCAAGUGAUAGAAAUAAACAAGACAUCGAGGUACAGUCGAAAAUAUGACCUUGUCCUCUCAGAUUCAAGAACAAUGAUUAAGGCUCGAGUGGAAAACUCUGCUUGAAGAGUUUUCCCCACUCUAGUUAAGAAUGAUAUUAUUCGUGUUAAUGUUGGAAAAUUCUGUGAAUACCAAAAUGAUUAUGUGUACAUUAUGCUACAAAAUGUUGAUAAGAUAUGAGAGACAACUGAGAAAAUUGUCAAAAGACUUCAUGGGCUUGUAGAUUAUACUAAAAAUAAUUAGAAGCUGCAGUGCUAGUCCGACUUAUACUCUUAAAUAAACCAAAUAUUGGUGAGAGACCAGAAAGAAAUAAUUCAUCGGUUUCUAACUUUUACAAGAAGUUCUCCAAGACUCCUGAAAUGUCUCAAGAAAGGCAGAAUAUUAAACAAAAGCAGUCAAAAAGCACUCAUCGAAUUGAUUUAGCUUUAUUAAAAUCAAAAACAUCUGAAAUUAUUAAGGAAAACGAAGACGAUAGUGAAAUCAGUGUCAAAAGCUCUUUCAGAAAAUCAUCUGAAUGCUCACAUUCCCCAACCUUCGCCAAUAAAAAGUGCAACAAAAAUCUCUUGAACUGAGCUCAAACUAAUCUCCCAGAAGAAAAUAAAAAACAUGAGAGUAUACAAUGAGAUUCUAAACCCUCUAAAAAUAUAUAAGCUCCUACAUCUUCCAUCCUACUUCCAAAAAUCCACAAUCCAAUAUUC